UUAUGAAAAUUAAUAUUUGCAAUUUAAAAAUGCUUAUGGCCAUUUUUAUUUUGUUUACAGUUGUUUAAAGUUCAGGGCAAACGAUGAUUUAAAGGUACAAAAUUCUGCUAUUCGUAACAAUAGCAAACUACAUGGAAACAUUAAUGAUGGGGGCGCUUCACUAAGGCCGUUUUAUAUUGAAAGAUUCUACAAACCACGGUUACUUUAAUUUCCAUCUACACUGCACCUUCCUGUAUGCAACUUAAAAAUUGUCAAUCCAACAAACACUAAACGUUUUCACACAACUAAGUGGGCAAUUAUGGAUCGCAGUAAGAAUAACAGCACCGAAUUUGGCAACAACUCGAUGAAAGCUGCUGCAGUUCCUACUACAAAUAAUACAACGGCACCAUGGACGAAUAACAAGGAGUCAUCGACAAAUAAUGAGGAUGAUUCUAAUGAAGAUGAUGCUGAUACUUCAACGCCAGCUAAAGUAACAGACCCACUAGCGCCGAAACUAAAUAAUGAGCGCGUUAUGGUCGUCUCCGUUACGGAACGACGUCGCGAAACCUGGGGUCAAAAAGCGGAAUUCCUGUUGGCCGUUGUUGGUUUCGCCGUUGACUUGGGGAAUGUGUGGCGUUUUCCUUAUAUUUGCUAUCAGAACGGAGGUGGUGCAUUUUUGAUACCUUAUUGCGUUAUGUUGAUAUUUGGAGGAUUGCCUUUGUUUUACAUGGAACUGGCCUUAGGACAGUUUCACAGAUGUGGCUGUUUAAGCAUUUGGAAGCGUAUAUGCCCAGCAUUAAAAGACGUACAUGAGUAA